UAAACCCACACUAACUAAAACUAACUAACCCCAAAACCCACACUACAAAUCCACGACGCGCCGAGCUGACCUCCCCGCUCCCAAGUCCCAACCAACCAAAACCCAAAGCCAGCCAUGUCGCGCGUGCGCGACGCCGCCCUCCUCCUGGCGUCCGCCCUCCUGCCGCUCGCCGCGGGCACCCUCCUGCCGGCCGCCGGGCCCGAGGACCCGCGGUGCCGGGCGACGGCGCCGCGGCGGGGCGCGCUGGCGGUGUACCCGAGCGACAUGGAGCAGCUGCAGUUCCUGCUCAACGCCAAGUUCGUGGAGGCCGAGUGGUUCCUGCACGCCGCGCUCGGCCGCGGCGUGGACUUCCUGGACCGCGACCUCGCCGCGGGCGGGCCGCGCCCCGCCGGCGCCAGGAGGGCGGCGCUCGACUUCCGCACCACCGAGGUCGCCGCCGAGCUCGGGUACCAGGAGGUCGGCCACAUCCGGGCCAUCCGCCAGGCCGUGGGCGGGUUCCCGCGCCCCGCCAUCGACCUCGCCGCCGACCGCUUCGCCAUGGUCAUGGACGGCGCCAUGGGCGCCCGCCUCGACCCGCCCUUCGACCCCUACAACAGCACCAUCAACUUCCUCCUCGCCUCCUACGUCUUCCCGCACAUCACCGCCGCCGCCACCAUGGGCAUCAGCUCCUCCCUCAUGGGCUUCGUCUCCAAGCGGCUCCAGUCGAGCAUCCUGGCGGUGGAGGCCGGGCAGGACGCGGUGAUCCGGCUGCUGCUGUACCAGCGCGCCGACGAGGCCGUCCCGCCGUACCAGGGCCACACCGUCGCCGACUUCACCCGCCGGAUCUCCGAGUGGCGCAACCGGAUGUCGGGGUGCGGGGCCAAGGACGAGGGGGUCAAGGUCCUCGACCGCCAGCAGGGAGCCGAGCGGCGAACCAUCAGCAACAUCCUCGGCGCCGGCGAGGACUCGCUCGGGUUCCAGCGCACGCCGGCGGAGGUCCUCCGAAUCCUCUACGGCUCGCGCAACGAGCAGAUCCCAGGCGGCUUCCUGCCGAGGGGAGCCAACGGCACCAUCGCCAGAGGCUUCUUCCAGCUCGCAUAGCUUCAAUAACAUACCACGUCUUGAGUUCAGAAACAACUGAUCUUCCAGUUGCAAACAAGAAAUCUGAAUCGUAUUCUUGGAUAUACGGAUAUA